AUGUCCACUCAAAUCCCUCUUGCCACCCCGCCGUCUUCUAUACACUCCCCUUCACCUAACUCGGAAGCUGUGCCUCUUCCCACUGCUGCGCCCCCAUCCCCGUCUCGCAAACCCAUCGAUGGCUUGCCCAAAAACAAACAUUCACGAACUCUGUCAAACCCAUUCAAACCCUCUCGCACUGUGUCCUUUCCCAACACGAACGCCCCUGCGCCGUCUGUCGCUGCCAACGACCGUAUUGCCGAUGAUCCCGCGCGUCCACGAUAUCAUUCAACCAUCUCCAAACACUCGGUGCCUAAAACCGAAUCGAAAACGUUUGGUUCCAAAUUGCAGUCAUUGCGCAAGAAGAUCGAGAAUGAAUUGUCCCGCAAGCGACAAGGACCUUCGGCGCCAGUCAGUCAAGGGGCAAAGCGCGGUGGUAAGAAGCCGCAAAAAGGUACCGUCGCUGGACUUCGACCUAGCCCCGCCUUGACUGUGCCGGAGAGCAUGAGCGUAGCCGAUGCUAGUCAAUUGUGCGCCGCCAAGCGAACCGAUUGUGUUUUGGUGGUGGAUGAAGAGGAAGGCCUCAGUGGGAUCUUCACCGCCAAAGAUCUGGCUUUCCGUGUGACCGCGGAGGGUCUUGAUCCGCGUGUAACCUCUGUAGCGCAAAUCAUGACCAAGAACCCCAUGGUCACGCGUGACACUACCAGCGCGACCGAAGCCCUGCAACUCAUGGUCAGCCGCGGCUUCCGCCAUCUGCCGGUAUGCAACGAAGAUGGAGACGUGGCAGGACUGCUGGACAUCACAAAAGUUUUCCAUGAAGCCCUCGCUAAGGUAGAACGGGGCUCAAAUGCGACAUCUCAACUCUCCGCAGCUCUGGCAGGGGUGCAGACUGAGCUCGGCCCAGCCAUUUCGGCCAAUCCACAAGCAGCGGCCAUGAUGGCCUAUGUCGAUGCGUUACGAGAGAAGAUGGCACAACCGGAUCUGACCACCGUCAUCGACACGAGUCUUCCCCCGCCGACCGUCUCUCCGCGGACGUCUGUGAGAGACGCGGCCAAACUUAUGAAAGAGCGUCGAACCACCGCGGUGUGUGUGAUGGAAACCAAUCUUGGCACCAGUGCGGUCAGCGGUGCAAGUGGUCAGAACGGUCUACCCAGGAUCGCCGGUAUCUUCACAAGCAAAGAUAUCGUUCUGCGUGUCAUAGCUGCUGGUCUGGACGCUCAGCGAUGCAGCGUGGUCCGAGUCAUGACCCCUCAUCCGGACACUGCUCCACCUACGAUGGUUGUGCAGGACGCACUGAAGAAGAUGCACAAUGGUCACUAUCUCAAUUUGCCAGUCGUCGAGUCUGAUGGUCGACUGAUUGGUAUCGUUGACGUGCUCAAACUUACUUAUGCCACUUUGGAACAGGCGAGCUCUUACGAUAAGAUCGAAAAUAUGAAUGGAGAAAAUCACAACGAUGGUCCUGUUUGGGGCAAAUUCUUCGACACGCUCGGUACGGCCGGUGGGGACGACGAUACUGCCUCUGUCGUAUCACACUCUGACCGUCCUGACACUCCCUCUCGACAUUUGCAUAAUCGUGGCAUGUCCAGUCUCACCUCUCCCAUCUCGGAACUCAUGCCGAAUGAUUCCGCUUCUGUGGUGGACGAGGGAUCCUCAGAAGUCGGUAAACGUGGUGGGGCUCCCUCGUCUGUGGCAGCAGCGCCUCAGAUCGUUGACGAUGGCACUUAUAUCUUCAAGUUUCGCACGCCUUCUGGUCGAACACAUCGUUUCCAAGCGCGCCACGACAGUUACGAACUCCUCCGCGACAUUGUGUAUGGUAAAUUGGUCGUCGAUCCAUUCUUCUCUGGUGAAGGUGCUACGGAAGGUCAAACGAUUCAUAUUCCCGACCCUAACGCCUUCAUUUUAUCUUAUACGGAUGACGAAGGUGACAGUGUUACCAUGACCGCCGAUGGGGACGUUGCGGAUGCCGUACGAAUCGCAAAGGGACAGAAGAGCGACCGCGUGGUUCUCAUUGUCGAUGGUGGUAAAGCGUGGGAACAAGCCGCAAGGGAUCUGGGUGGGGACAAAGCUGUGGAGAAGUUGAAACAGGCUGAGGAUGUAAAGAAGGUGGAUGAGGAGGAUCAGAAGCUGGAACAACCGACUGCGGAUCCAGCUGUUAGUCCUACGUUUGGGAAAGCGGGGGUGGUACAUAGCCACGGACCAAGUCCAGGGACACCAGGCGUGCCAGAAUUGAUCGGAGGAGUUUUACCAAAGGAAAUGGCUUUACCUGCUGCAGUUGGAUUUUUGGGGGUGGUGAUAUUGGGAGUGUUCAUAGCUACACGUGGGAGCAAGUGA